AUGGCAAGAUUGAAGCUGUUAUGGAUCACUCUCAAACAACUGUCAACAACACAUCAAUCAUUGAUCGAGACAAAGAAUCAAGUCACUGAUCAAUUCAAACAACUCUAUGAUUUGUUCAUCAUUGAAGAACACAAGAUCUACUCAAUACUCGAUGACAGAGUUCAACAAACAUCAUCAAUCAUUCAUGACAUCAUCAAUGAGAUCAAGUCAAUCAACGAAAUAUUCAGACCAUCAACAACAUCAACAUGUGUCAUUGACAAAGUCGAUGGCGGCAUUAGCGCAGACAUCACUCAAACAAUCAGAUCAUGUGAAUCACUGGAUCAAUUCAUCGAGCAGGCAUUCCCAACAACAUCACCCGGCCUCAACCUGGAUGACUCGACCAUGAUCACAAACAAUGAGUUGUUGACAUUGCUUCAAAGAAAUGUUCAAAUGAGCACUACCUCAAAGUAUCAACUGACUCGAUCAAUCAGACUGGACAUUGACACUGACACAUUGGAUGACAUCAAGAAACAAAUCAAAUCAUGCUUCCAAUUGUUGGAGGACAGUGACAAGUUCACUGCUGAUCUUGAUCAUCAUGUGAUGUGCUUGGGUAGUGGCGAAUACUCGAUGUUCUCACCAAUGACCAACACAUGGAAGUUGGUAAACGAGAAGGUCAUCGAGAAUAUCGAUGAUGGCACAUAUAAAACAUUUGUAUAUGCACGUGGAUACGUUUAUAUGUUUGGAGGCUAUGGAGAUGAUUUCACAACGUAUUCUCGCUUCUCACUUGCCACUCGGGAGUGGCAACGCAGCCCAAUGGUUGGAAUACCUGGUGGUACAUAUAUGACCUCAUGCUACGAUGGUGAUCGACACAUCUACCUACUCGGUGGGAAUGGCGAUGACGAAAAUGUUGAAGAUGUUGCCCUCACCAGAAUAGCCUGCUUCGACAUUGACACUCAACAAUUCACUCAUGUUGGUGAUUUCAAAGAUGCGCCACGUGCCGAUGCAGCCAUCAUCCACUCCAACGUGAUCUACUCAAUCGAUAGUCCGCAGCUCAUAAGAGUUAAUGAACAACCCCGAAUCGUCAUCAAAUCAUUCAAUGUGGUCACCAAGCAGGAGGAUGAGUACACACUGAUGCAAGGCAAUAUGGGAUCAUGUGUCCACUUUGGCCACAACAAGAUAUUGAAGUUGUUGUGGACCAAUCUCAAACAACAGUCAACAACACAUCAAUCAUUGAUCGAAACAAAGAAUGAAGUCACUGAUCAAUUCAAACAACUUUAUGAUUUGCUCAUCAUUGAAGAACACAAGAUCAACUCAAUACUCAAUGACAAAGUUCAACAAACAUCAUCAACCAUUCAUGACAUCAUCAAUGAGAUCAAGUCCAUCAACCAAAUAUUCAGACCAUCAUCAACAUCAACAGGUGUCUAUAAAGACAACGAGGUUGACGCUGUCAUCACUCAAACAAUCAGAUCAUGUGAAUCACUGGAUCAGUUCAUCGAACAGACCUUCCCAACAACAUCACCUGGCCUCAACCUGGAUGACUCGAUCACAAUCACAGACAAUGAGUUGUUGACAUUGCUUCAAAGAAAUGUUCAAAUGAGUAACUCCAAGCAUCAAUUGACUCGAUCAAUCAGAGUGGACACUGACACUGACACAUUGGAUGACAUCAAGAAACAAAUCAGAUCAUGCUUCCAAUUGUUGGAGGACAGUGAUAAUUUCACUGCUGAUCUUGAUCACCAUUUGAUGUGCUUGGAUAAUGGCUAUUACUCAUUGUUCUCACCAAUGACCAACAAAUGGGCGUUGGUCCAAGAUGAAGAUACCAGUGAUGUCGAGUCUACAUUUCAGUCAACAGUUUAUGCACGUGGAUACAUCUAUGUAUUUGGAGGAUAUGAGUCCGAUCCAGCAAAGUACUCUCGCCUCUCCAUUGCCACACGCGAAUUGCAACGCAACAUGCCAAUCGUUGGAGUUUCGGGUGGUUCAUUCAUGUCGGCUUGUCUACGAUGGUGA